AACAUGGUACAAUAACAAGUCCACUUCCGGGUUUGUCCCAUAGCGCUACUGAAGCAAAUCGCAACAUUCUGUUUCUGGAAAGCAAUACGACUCUACGAAGAUCGAUAUCCACGCUAGUCCUAGCUAAGCGUGAUGUUUGUAGGUGUCAGCGUGCAAGUAUGACGGAUUUGAAUUUCAUUUAAAUAACACUGACUUUGCUGGCUAGCUGGCUGCAGCUAGCAGCAGGGAAUUCGCAGCGGCUCCGCACGCCGUGCGGUAUUUGACAGACGUGCUACUACUGCAACUGCCAACAGUUUCAUUGGACGAUGAGCGAAGGAGAGAUUUUCCAUGAGAAGCAGAGACUGGAGCUGUGCGCCAUCCAUGCCCUCAACAACGUGCUUCAGGAGCGAGUGUUCACCAAGGAGACGGCCGACGACAUCUGCAAGCGCCUGGCUCCGCAGUGUGUUGUGAACCCUCAUCGCUCAGUGUUAGGGACAGGUAACUAUGAUGUCAACGUCAUCAUGGCUGCGCUGCAGAGUCGGGGACUGGCUGCAGUGUGGUGGGACAAGCGGAGGUCAAUAGAGUGUUUAUGUGCAAACAAAGUGCAGGGCUUCAUCUUGAAUGUUCCAUCACGGGUAUCUCUGGGAAUGGUUUCUCUCCCUCUCCGACGGAGACAUUGGCUUGCAGUCAGACAAGUCAGUGGAACAUACUACAAUCUUGAUUCUAAACUCAAGAAUCCCGUUUGCAUCGGAGGUGAAGCUGAACUUCGUACCUUUCUCAGUGAGCAACUGUCUCAGGAUCUAUCAGAAAUGCUCCUUGUUGUCCAAAGGGAUGUGGAAGAGGAUGGGACCUGGCUGACCUCUGAUGACCGAAAGAAAUGACUCCUCAGGGACAAGACUAUUUUAUUCAGGAUGGAACUCUAAACUCCAGUUGACAAAAAUGCAUUUCAAACAUUUUAUAACAGAACCACUUUUGAAGGCACAAUAUAGGUGAUGAAAGAUUUAUAAAGUUGCACAAAAAUGUAGAAGUGAAAUCCCAGAGAGAGUUGAAAACAGCAAGAUGGUGAUAACUAACCCUUCCAUUAAAAACUGUUACAGAUAAUCCUUAUAGUGUCCAGGUCUUUGCUACAGUAGCAUUAACCGCUGUUUGUUUUUGUCUGUUGAUGCAUCUAUGCAGAGCGCUGUUAAUGUACAUGCAAAGAAAUCUUUAUUUUAUCCAUCUAUGCACAGAAGUGCAAUGUACCCACCGGACAUUGCACAAGUUUCAGUAAUUGUCUGUAGGUCUCCGUACCCAUCCUACUAUGCAUUUUACAGCAAAUGAGAGGUCUUUCACACACUCACUUGGGCUCAGAGGAAACACAAACAAUAAACAAAUAUUUAUAUGAAA